CCCCCCGCCUCAGAGGCGGCGCCAUCCUCGUCGGGCGGGAAAUUCGGGCGCCAUUUUCGGCCGCGGCCGCUGCCGGGCAGCCUGGGCGUCUCUCUCGUCUUUGGCUCCUCCGCGGCCUGAAGAGGAGGAGGAGGAGGCGCCGCCAUGGCGGAGCGGGGGAGGGAGGAGGAGGAGGAAGAGGAGCAGCAGCAGCGCCUCCCGGAGACCCAGAGGCUGAAAGCUGCUUUUCACUACUCCGUCGCUUGCCUCUGCGAAGAAGUUGCAGAAGACAAAGAAACUCAGUUCACUAAACAAGCCAUUGCAGCUAUUUCUGAGAUCACCUUCAGACAGUGUGAACUCUUCGCCAAAGACCUUGAAAUGUUCGCUAGGCAUGCAAAAAGGAGUACAAUUAAUCUUGAAGAUGUGAAGCUUUUGGCUAGAAGGAGCAAAUCGUUGCUGAGGUAUAUCACUCAGAAGAGUGAAGAACUUGUUUUGAAUAACUUAGAACAGAAAGAGAAAAGAAAGAAGAAAUCUGGCCCUGGAAAAGGGAGAAGAACGUCUGAUGAGCAGGUGGAACCUGGAGUCGCUGAUGCCAAGGACUCCAGCAUGGUGUAGUUUUCUCUCUGGCAACCUCAAUCCUCUUCACUCUUCCAUCACGUAGCAGUGGGGAACUUGUGUAGCCAUAGGAUGUUCGUUUGCUUGUUGCUUUUGAGUGGAACAGUCUCGCCGGCUUACGUCGAGUAAGCACAGUAUAAUUGGGGCAUUUGUUCUGUCGCUUUCAAGGAUGUGGGAAACGGAUGCUUUCAAGAAUUCGGAAGAGAGAGAUUUACAUAAGUGGAAAAGACACUGCUUUAUAGUUUCUGGGGGCUUUUUAUGUAUUCCGAGGAAGGAAAUUGCCAUGUGUCAAAGACUGAAUUCAUUUGUCCAGUCCGUAACAAUGCAUUAAAAGGAGCUAUAUAUAUGCAGACACAAAACAA